CCAACCCGAGCGGCUGCCCCCGCACCAGAGCAGGAAAAAAAAAAAAUCUCUCUCCGCUCUUCCGCUCCGAGUCGCGUCGCGUGAGGAGAACGGGAGGGGAGCCAAAAAGGGGUUCUCGCCGAGGCGGAAGGGGAGGAGAUGGCCGGGAAGGGAGGCAAGGGCCUGCUCGCGGCCAAGACGACGGCCGCCAAGACCGCCGAGAAGGACAAGGGGAAGAAGGCCCCCAUCUCCCGCUCGUCCCGCGCCGGGCUCCAGUUCCCUGUUGGCCGUAUCCAUCGUCAGCUGAAGCAAAGGACCCAGGCGAAUGGCCGCGUUGGUGCUACUGCGGCGGUCUACUCUGCUGCUAUCCUCGAGUACCUGACGGCCGAGGUUCUGGAGCUGGCUGGGAACGCUAGCAAGGAUCUGAAGGUGAAGCGUAUCACCCCUCGUCACCUGCAGCUGGCCAUCCGUGGAGACGAGGAGCUUGACACCCUCAUCAAGGGCACCAUUGCUGGUGGAGGUGUGAUCCCACACAUCCACAAGUCCCUGAUCAACAAGUCCUCCAAAGAGUGAAAAUAAAAAAAUAGAAAAGGAGCAUCUCUAGCUUAAACUGGACAUUUUCUCAGUCGUCUGUGAGAUAAGUUUAUCGUGUCGUUUAGCGUUUAGCUGUGCUCCUUCCAGAUCAAAGUUGUUGUCCGUCUGUGUAAUGUUUCCCUGGUACCGAUUGAGUCAUUUGGACGUGGUGUUUAUGUUUGUUCGUUAACUCUGUGAUAGACUCUCAAUGCAAAAACCUUUUAAACA